AUGAAACACAUAACCGUGGAAUAUUAUCACGCCGCUGAUAAAUAUGAUACUUCAACUUGUAGAAUUUAUGAAAUUUGGAAAAGACAUGCUCAAGGAUUACCCCUGCGCAAACAACAAAUAAUACAUAGUGUUGCUUCUUCUGAGGUAAUAUCUAAAAAUAAUACUUCAGAUAGGUGGUCAAAGAAAAGAAAAUCAGGAUCUAAUCCCAGAUCUGUUCGAAUAUCUGAUUCAGUCAAUAUUAUUAAUAAGACUGACAUGACCAAUAAUCCAAUAAAAAACGUAGAUGAAAUGGAUGACCUACAAGCUAAGCUUACACAAAAUCACAAAGAAAGAGAAGAAGGUAAACGUGAGUCGAAAAGAUUCAUAGAUUCCAACUAA